UCAAUCUUUAUCGACAAUCAAGCAGCAAUAUUAUCGGGUGAGAAUUCCUACACGAAAUCAGGCAGUUAUUUAGUAGAUCACUUCCGCAGUAUGACGAAGAUGUUAGCAGACAACAGACGAACAUGCAGACUCAAUUUCGACCUCACGCUAAGGUGGAUACCUGGACAUAAAGGAGUAAGUGGGAAUGAGUUAGCGGACAAGGAGGCAAAGGAAGCGGCUGAAGGAGAUAGGAACUCGAGCGUACGAGAAAGGCUACCAACUUACCUUCAGGUCGAGAAGCUCCCAGACAGUGUAUCUGCUCUAACGCAAUGGCACCAAGAUGAGAUCAAGAAGAGAUGGUCAACAAUGUGGAAGAAAUACCCCAGACACGCACGAACAACCAUCAUAGACCCCAGCGCGCCCUCCAAUAGAUUCAUCAAACUAAUUGCAACCCUCCCAAAACGUCAAGCAAGUAUAUACACUCAAUUACGCACGCGCCAUAUACCACUUAAUCAGCACCUGCAUCGCAUUGGAAAGAGCAUCACCCCCUACUGCCCCAUCUGC